AUGAUGGUUUGCGCACUUAAUUUACGUCGAUCAAAUCUGGAACAAAAAUCGGACUCGGGAAUUCUUACAUUAGCCAACGAAGAAGAAAUGACCAUAGCGCGUCUUUGGCUAGAACACUUUCCUAAAUUAGAUACAUGCCUCAUAACUAAUGUUGGUAGUGCUGAUGUAACAUUGGAUACCCAAAAUGUAGAGUCCAGUGAUGAUGAAUUACCAGUGGAUCCAAUGCCUGUAACACAAUUGAAGCAACAUUUGGGUUUAGAACGAGUAGCAGAUGCUGAUCCGAUAGAUUUUAUGGAUUCGGAACGAAAGUUAAUUAUUGUAGCAAACCGCGGUUCGGGUAAAACGGCUGUAAUAUCGUCUCUCAUUCACAAUGUUCGUAAUUACUAUGAUUUUAUAUGGUGGUUUGAUUGCAGCGAUUCUCUCUAUGGUGCAAUGAUCCAUUUAGCUCAGACAUUUCAUGUUUCUUCUGUUGGACUGCCUUUAGAUCUAUUACAAAAAACAGUAUUGACGACUGUUUUAUCAUCCACGAAAAUUAACAAUUUUCUACUUAUAAUUGACAAUGUGCAAGAGGAUAGAUGCACCACAGUGAAAGCAAAGUCAGCUAUUGAUGAUCAAGAACGUACACUUGAAUGUCACGCUAUCAUUGACGUCCUCAACAACGCUAUCAGUGAUCCGAGUGUACGCCAUCAGCGACGUCGCCAUAUCUUAGCAUUAUAUACAGACAAUAGCGCUAAUCAAUUACCAUCACUGGAAACAACUGCACCGAGAGCAAAUGCAUCUGCCAAUGAGUGGCUAUUUUUACCUUUAAGUGAUAUUGUAGGGCAGACAGCAAUGAAUUGGGCUUGUUCGAAAUUACCGACAUCUCUUAAUGAACAUAAAAAAAAAGAUCGUUUUGAUCUCAUUAAGAAAAUUCAGUCCCUUGACACACGACGCUUAACCAUGCAUUUAACAGCUAUUCUUGUAAGUCUCGACAAUUUAGACGUAAAAGAAAUCGGUAAUGAACUCAAUAAAUCCAAUACUGACGUAUUGUCAUAUUUAGUGGAACUGUUAUUAAAAGAAUUACAAAAGUUGGAUUCAGAACCUCAUCAAGUCGCUCAAAUUGCCAGUUUGAUUAAAACUAAUAGUAUUAGUCAAGCAGUAUUUUUCCGUCUUCUUGAAAUUCUUCCUAAGACAUCUACUAUUAGUGAUCUGAAACCGUCUCCAAAAUGGGCCUUAAUGUAUUCAAAAUUAAAAAAAUUUAAUAUAUUAAAGAAAAAUAUAAUAUCAUCAAUGACUUAUAAACAUGUAAGUGAAUGCUACAUUAAACCAGAAUUUUUGGAAAUCUACAGUAUGCCGAGUACUUACGCUAGAGCAUUGCGUUCGUCUAUUCUCGCCGAUACAAACUCUUCAGUAUGGAGAAGUGCGUUGGAAUUAAUCAAUCAAGGCUUCAACUACGAUUACCACGCAGUUGAAAAGAAUCCGGAUAUGCAGAAUAUCGUGCAUUUUUUCGAUCAUGCCCAUGUGUUGACCAUGCAUGCUGCUAAUUGGAAUGGAGAUGAGAAGCAUGCAAGAUUGCUUGCUGAUUUACUAUGGCGUUUAGGUUCAUACUAUCUCAAUGAGCGACGCUUGUAUAAAGAAGCCUCUGACUGUUUUAGAAAAGCAUACGAAAUACUUAACGCGAAUGAGAAUCAAGAACCAUCAUUAGAAAAGGCUACAAAAUGGAGUGCAGAAAUGUACAGGCAUAUUUGUGAGCAACUUAGCCGUAAAUUGAAUAAAGAAAAAGAUGAAUCAAGCAUCACUGAAAUUGAAAAUUGCCAAAAGAAUUUAAAAGAAUUGACCGAUCAGAAUGGGCAGAUUAAUAAGGAGCUUUUGCAAAAAUAUUAUAUUGAAGCUGAUAUCGCUAUUGCACGCAUUCGUGUGGAACAUAUUCGAAUCAAUGCUACGAUUACAGAAGAGGGUAAAAAUAUUCUCUGUGACAUCAUUAAAACAUUUAAUAAAAUGAAGGAAGAACAGAAUAUGGGUACUCGUACACGUUCCUUGAUGCUGCAAAUUUUUGGAAGUGCCCACUGUCUGUUGGGUGGCCAUUCUAAAGCUGUGGAAUAUGUCAGAGCGGCACUGGAAAAACGGAAACAAGUGUUACCUUUGCAGCAUUUAGAUGUCGCACGAACGGAAUACAAAUUGGCUGAUUGCCUUUUCCAAAACGCGAAUACCAUGAAAAAUGAUAACAGCAUGACCAACAAUGCCAGCAAUUUUGCUAAAAUAUUAGAUGAGGCAAGAAGUCUCUGUAAGAAAGCUCUCAACAAGCAACUGGCACAAUUGCCUAGUGGCCACAACAACUUGGAAGAUUGUAAAGCGCUGCAAGCGAAGUUAAAUAAAUUAGAAACUGAAACUUAUAUGAUUACAGGUUGA